GAUAUGUAAGUAGUAUUAUCUCUUAUUGCCCACGUAAAAUUACCGCGGUUUUGUAUCAGCCUUUCGUGCAAGUGAAGCGAUUAACGAGUAGCGAUCCGGUUUUCUGAUUUUUCACGAAAUAAUUAGCUGUGAUGAAGGUGAUCGUGUUAUUUUUGUGCCUAGUCGCUAUACAGGUCGCAUCAUCGAAAUCGGAGCUUUGUUUCAACAGCAAAGAAGAAUGCCAUUCGACGAACUACCAAUCCUACGUCGAAUGUAUCAGGAGGCGACAAAAGAGAUCCACGGAGUGCGACAACGACUGCGAUUCCGGUAAUUGUAUAGAUAUAUGUAACGAGUGCGAUUGCGAUUCCUGUAAUUACAGCAGCUGCUCCAGUUCGUGCGGUAAUUGUUGCAGCUCUUGUUGCAGCAAUUACGUACCUUGUCACACAAAUCACUGUUGUCACAAGACUUGUCAUACUCAAUGUUCGACGUCUUCUUGUAGAAGUUCGUGUAGGAAAAAUUGUUUCAAUAGCGUAAGAGAGCGUACGCAAGACAGGGAAGCGGAAGGUGGAUUUCCAAUUUCAUAUUCUCGCGAAAAUACGAGUAUAAACAACGUUAAUCGACCUAAUAUAACGACGAUAAUCCACUUGAACAACGUCAUUAACAACACCAAUGUCGUCGACAUACCGAUCGUUCUUAACAAUACGAAUAAUCAAAAUAUAUCGUUAUACAGCGAGGAAAGCGGCGGCGAUCAAUCGACUUCGACGGAAAAAUGUUGUACCGUUAUCAGUCCGCGACAAUGCGUUUCUAGUCCGACGCCGAGGUGCUUCCAUUACAGAUCCAAACAAUGCGGUCCAUUUUGUACGGCAGAUAUAGUCCAUAAGGAACAACAGCAAAUUUGUUCGGUAAAUUAUCCGGGUGCUCAACCGGUUUGUUCCCAACAGAUAAUGUACAUUCCUCAACCGCAACCUAAAUGUACAUACCAAUCUGUCUGGCCGUACGUCUCGUGCGGUAUACAGAAACAAGAAACAUGCCACGGUUGUUAUUCGCAUUAUUUGAACGGAGAGUCGAAUAAUUAUUUAAACUGCCCUUCGCAAUGCUACGACGAUGGAUUCGGUGCGAUGGGUUCCCUCUACCGUCAAGGACCCGUAUACAGACCGUGGUAUUCGCACGUACCUUGCUACGAAUGUUUGGGGUAUCCGAAUCCUUACGGUUUAGGUUACCAAAAUAUCGGAGGAUAUCCUAGUCCGGUAUACGUUCAAAAUAUACCGUUGCAGCAAAACGGUGGUUCUAUGAUUCCCGUAUUGAAUUUAAACAACCCCCAGUUCGAUCAAACGGGUGGUCUUAUGGUCGAACUCGGACCGAUUAAUCAAUCUUCGUACGACAAUCAGAAUUACGACGGAAGAUUGGCCAGGGAAGUUGAAAUUGAAGUUAAUUAUGAACCUUCGUCGAUUGCUCAAGCGGAAGUCAAAAUUAAAAAUGAAAAUACCACCGACACACCAAAUGAAAUUUGAGACGUUAACGUCAUUUUUUGAAACAUGAACUGAAUAAUUCGUCUAAAGGUAUAAUAACAUCAAUCAAUGUUUUUUAUUGUUCAAUAGUAUUUUUAUUUUAGAUAUUAAACGUUUAUUUUCUUUC